UACUCCCAUAGUCUGUCAGGAAGUGUUAUGACUUGCUGCCGUAGGUCUUUGUGAGGCAGGCAGGAAUGCUGGUGUUUCAGAUUAGCCUUGAAGGGUGUGGAGCGAGUACUGCCUCUACUGCUGCGACCGCUGGUGCCUACAGCUCCAUUCUCAGCUCACGUCGGGACGAAGGACACACUUUAUUUGACUGAGAGAGCUUCAGGUUGUUGUUUGGGAGAUGGCAGGAAAGAUAUCCAAAGACGAGCUGGAGGAGUUGCGGGAGGCCUUCGGGAAAGUCGAUUUGAACGGCAAUGGCUUUAUCUGUGACUAUGAGCUCCAUGACCUGUUCAAAGAGGCCAAUCUGCCCCUGCCGGGGUACAAAGUCCGAGAAAUCAUUCAGAAACUGAUGGAAGAGGGUGACAAAGACAAGGACAAUAAGAUCAGCUUUGAUGAGUUUGUGUCUAUCUUUCAAGAGCUGAAGAGCAGUGACAUCGCAAAGAGCUUCCGGAAGGCCAUCAACAGGAAAGAGGGUAUCUUGGCUAUCGGCGGCACAUCUGAGCUCUCCAGUGCGGGCACACAGCACUCCUUCUCAGAGGAGGAGAGGUUUGCUUUCGUAAACUGGAUCAACACAGCGCUGGAAAAAGACCCUGACUGUAAACAUGUGUUGCCCAUGAAUCCCAAUAAAGAUGAUCUCUUCAAGGCUGUAGGUGACGGUAUUGUGCUGUGUAAAAUGAUCAACCUGUCAGUACCUGAUACUAUUGAUGAGAGAACCAUCAACAAGAAGAAACUAACACCCUUCACAAUACAGGAGAAUCUUAACCUGGCUCUUAACUCGGCCUCUGCCAUUGGCUGUCACGUGGUGAACAUCGGGGCUCUGGACCUUCGGGAAGGCAAACCUCAUCUGGUUUUGGGCCUGCUGUGGCAGAUCAUCAAAAUUGGUCUGUUUGCUGACAUUGAGCUGAGCAGAAAUGAGGCUCUGGCGGCACUGUUGAGGGAUGGAGAGACAAUUGAGGAUCUGAUGAAACUGUCUCCAGAGGAACUGUUGCUUCGCUGGGCCAACUUCCACCUGGAGAACGCCGGCUGGAGUAAGAUCAACAACUUCAGCCAUGAUAUUAAGGACUCAAGGGCUUAUUUCCACCUGCUCAACCAGAUCGCUCCUAAAGGUCAGAAGGAGGGUGAAGAUCACAUUAACAUUGACAUGUCAGGCUUCAGCGAGAAAGAUGACCUGAAGAGAGCCGAGUGUAUGCUGCAGCAGGCAGACAGGCUGGGCUGCAGACAGUUUGUCACGUCUACUGACGUCGUGUCUGGCAACCCUAAACUCAACUUGGCCUUUGUGGCCAAUCUCUUCAACAAGUACCCAGCGCUGACCAAACCCGAGAAUCAGGACAUCAACUGGGGACUUCUGGAGGGAGAGACCAGAGAGGAGAGGACUUUCAGAAACUGGAUGAAUUCUCUGGGUGUCAAUCCUCAUGUCAAUCACUUAUACGGUGACCUUCAAGAUGCUCUGGUCAUCCUGCAACUUUAUGAGAAGAUCAAGGUUCCCGUCGACUGGAGCAACAAAGUCAACAAGCCUCCAUAUCCCAAACUAGGGGCCAACAUGAAAAAGUUGGAGAACUGUAACUACGCUGUGGAACUGGGGAAGACCAAAGCCAAUUUCUCACUGGUGGGCAUCGGAGGGCAGGACUUGAAUGAUGGGAAUCCAACGCUCACCCUCGCCCUGGUCUGGCAGCUCAUGAGGAGAUACACUCUCAAUGUACUAGAGGGCCUGGGCGACGGACAGAAGGUCAAUGAUGACAUUAUCGUCAACUGGGUUAAUAAGACUUUGUCACAAGCAGGAAAAUCAACCAAAAUAUCCAGUUUCAAGGACAAGGAGAUCAGCUCCAGUUUGGCAGUGCUGGACCUGAUUGACGCCAUCCAGCCCGGCUGUGUCAACUACGAUCUUGUGAAGACUGGAAGCCUUAACGACGAAGACAAACUGGACAAUGCAAAGUAUGCUGUAUCCAUGGCCAGGAAGAUUGGCGCUCGUGUGUACGCCCUGCCUGAUGAUCUAGUGGAGGUCAAACCCAAGAUGGUGAUGACCGUGUUCGCGUGUCUAAUGGGCAGAGGGAUGAAGAGGGCGUAAAACGGGACCCCGUGGACAAUCAGACACUGAUGUCCUACCCAAAAGCCAUUUUGCUGGUUGAAAGGCUUCUGGUUCAGUAAAUUUAUUACAACCACAAUAAUAAAAAAAUGCCAACAGAUGUUAAAGAAUCAUGCUUACGUUUGGCAGGACUGCAAUGUUGAAAUGGGCUUGAAGUUAAUGGAAGGGGAGGGUUGGUUCUUUUAGACCAAAACAAUUACGAUUCCAUCUGCGAAAGGAACAAAUUAAUACCAAAUUAUAUCUUCAGUGAAAUGCAAGAUGACUAAAGCAUAUCUGCGCUGGAUCCAACACAUGUCAGACUCGGCUUUGCAAUACUCUAUUUACAUAAUUGAUAAAGGAUGUAUGUACGAGUGAUAGGUGUAGUUUUGACAGUUUGACAGCUUUGGACAUUUAGAGUCACGACUGGCCUUACUAGAUGCAGUAUUGCCUCUAUGCAGAACAUGAUUGUGUCUGAAUCAUUGAAUUGGACCGCUUAUUCCUCUUUAUGUUUUAUAUGUUACAAAACUUACCGGAAACGUUUCAGCGAGUCACUUUAGCACAUUCCGUAGUUAAAUCUCAGUGUACUAUUUGUCUUAUGUAUAUGUAUACUCUUUUUACGUACAAGAGACAUCCAAACAGAAUGAACUAUGCAUGAUCUAUAUUUUUUAUUUAAAACAAUACACUCCUCAGAAAAUGCCUUCAAAAGCUUUAAGCAUUAACCGAUCCAUGCUGUUCGUUCACUACGAAGAUGACAAAGAAACGCAGAGGAAGGUCAUCACAUGUGGUCAGUGUCAAACCUGUUACCGUUGGUUGAUGAUAAGUGACUGUGUUGCCGGGAAUGAAACUGGAAGUGGAUGGUCGUACGGCAGCAUGCCAUUAUCUAUGGACCGAAGCAGCUCAAUCCAAAUGUCUGUAACUCAAAAACAUCAUACAAAUAAAGCAGAAGAUGCAACUGUGCAUAGUACUUCA